AUGCGACAAGACCAGACCAAGGUGUGGCAGUUGGAAGCUCAGGUCGAGGACCGGCUUAACAAAGCUAGGCAGUCAAUCGCCCAGAAAUGCCAUUCAAAAGGCUCGGAGAAAAUGGGAGAAAUGACAGACCCUGUCAAGCCUGGUAACCUUGAGCACAGUCCGCAAUUCAUGACCUUCAGAAAGGAUAGCACUCUGCCCCUUCAAGGCAUCAUAGAGUCCUUGACCGAAACUUUUUUCCGUCUCCCUUAUUCAGACAUGAUGAUCAUACAUCCCGCAAGAUACAUGCAAGCUUUCCGAGGAGACGCUACUCGGAAGCCUCCUCAGUACUUGCAGUAUGCCAUCUGCGCUUUGGCAGCUAUCGGAAACUCGAUGGAUGAUUCUCAUCACUUCUUUUACCAAAGGGCACGACAAAGCCUUGAGGCGGUUAACUCAAAGGUGCCCAACGCUAAAGCACCCCGAGUCUGGAUCAAAGCUAACCCUUCCUACAAGGGUCUUGACGAACAACACGUCUCUAUUCACCACGCUCAAGCAUGGAUCCUUAUAAAUAUUUACGAAGACAAGGCCAUGCUAUGUACACGGGCCAUUAUGAGUGUCGCUCGCACACGACAAAUUUGCCUCUUAAUGGGCCUUGACCUUCUAGACUCAGAGCACCGUUCGGUUGAUCACGAGCUAUCGCUGUUGAGCUGGGUCGAACUCGAGGAAUGCAGGAGGGUAUUCUGGUGCUCAUUCGUCUUGGAUGCAUUUGCAAGCAUGUCGACGGGAUUGCCUAGUCUGAUCAACAUGGACAAUGUCGCUAUUCGUCUUCCUUCCUCCGACAAUGCAUUUAUCUCGGAGGUUCGAGAAGAGACCUCUUUCCUACACACAAUACUUGAAGAUGCACAACCCGCCGGGUUUGCCGGGUUUGCCGGGAUUGUAAUAGUUUGUCAAGUAUUUAAGGAUAUUCUGCGACAUACGAUUGAAUCGAGCUGUGCUGGCGCAAAAGACUUUGGCGCAAACAAGCAUCAGUUGCUUGCAAAGCGCGGCCGAGAGGGCUAUGGACAUCAUCAAGAUAACACACUCUGCUCCCUUUCGCUCUAUGUAGUGACAACUGCGCUCGUCUUUAUGGCCAAACAGGGUUCGGUAUCCGCCAUCCGGGACCUCGGAGUCACUGUGUCCUUGAUGGAGAAGAUCUCACCAACACACAAGCUGACACGGGUAUUUCAACAUCAAGUCUGUUCUGACAUAUGCCUGAGUGGAAUCGGCGCAUAUAUACAUAUUCCGGCAUCGAGCAAGAGCACAGUUCGUACCAGCCAAACAACACCACCAUCAUCCGGUCCGGUCAGCUCGCACAACACAGCACCCCAAGAUGUGCAGCCCAGCAGCAUGAAACAGAGAAAUCUUGCGGCCUGGGCUGUAGAAGAAGAUCCUGAAUCUCUCGCAUGGGACUGCUUUUCGGCCCUUCUUGCUGCUGCUAAACACAACGCCUCAGCACCAAAUAGGAUGGUUGUGCUAAACCGCGACCGAUGCCAAGUUUCUUCCAUCGGAAAUGAACAUAUGAUGUCAAAUGACACAAUAGACACUGUCUCAAGACACAGCCCUGGCAUGAUGGGAAAGCACUUGAUAGACGCCAACGAGGUGCAGCAAGAUUACGCUCUUCCGAGUACGUUAACGGUUCUUGAUGACCCACUCAGCUGGGCAGGAUUUUGGGAAAUCUGUGACAAUAAUCCUGAGGGGACAUUUGAUAGCGCUCCUCAUUCUGGAUCAACGGCACUUGGUGGCAUCGUUACUUUGCAGGAAUGA